AGGUCACAGUAGAGGAAGAAUUGGUCUUGGGAUCUGUCGUUCUCAACUGAUCUCUUCCUUCUUUCAAUGCCCAAUUCUACCGGCUUCUGUUUAUUAAAUGCAAGUUGGAAAGCAGGUUCAUUUACCCAAGGAAGGACUGAUCAUGCAACCUUUGGACACAGAGAGAGCCUUAAUUAAAGUCACCCACUGUGACAAAGAUAUUUUUGGCUGCUUAGUUCCCGAGAGCUGUCCAUUGUGUGGGCAAAGGUUGAUUUAUGGAAGUCUGGAAGAAGCACCUGUCAGUAUUCCAAGCCCAUUUGUUAAUGGACACCAAGAAAGAUGUGCUUUUUUACUGAAACCCACUAUAGGAACAUUUCUAAGAGAUUAUGAUGGAGAUUCUGACCUUCAUGUUGGAAUAACUAAUACCAAUGGUUUGGUGUAUAAUUACAAUGAAACUGGUAUUACCAUUGCUGAAUACGGCUGGGAACAAUGUGUGAGCAUUCCACUAGUGCAGCCUGAUAUGUAUGGCCUCCUUAACCAAUGGGAUACCUAUCUGGGACAAUUUUCAGCAACAGAUAUUUGGCUUCCACACAGAUAUGAAGAAUGUUUCCAUAAUUGUUAUACAUAUGCACUAACAUUCAUUAAUUGUGUGCUGAGUGCCCAAAAGCAACAGCAAAUGAAUAAAAAUGAAUUUGCAGAGAAAUUUGUAAUUCCGCGAACAAGAAAAGCUUCCAAAUAUAUCACCAUCUAUAAGGAAAUAUGCAAGAAUGGUUUUUAUGUUGUUGACCAUCCUGCUCAAAAAGGCAGUACUUCUACCAAUCCCAUUUGACUUUAGGCCGAAGCACUGACUGUAAGUAAAAUUAAAAUAUUCAUGUUAAGACAUAAGGCAUGUUCCUAUCUUGCUGUAAGGAAAAUGGGAAACAUUACUAUCAUAUUUAAUUGGACAGAAAUCCAAGAGAAAUCAGAAUUAUUUCCUAUUAUCCAUAAAACUGCAGAAACUGAAUCACAAUGUAAUUUUUCUAAUAAACAUCUUUUCUACCUGCCUGAAUAAUUAUAUUUAGCAUUAUUUUAAUUUAAAGACAUUGAUAUGAAGUAUAAAAAUCUACAAAUAGAAAAAAAAAUCCAUGGAUGGGAUCAAGAAACAAGGAAUACUUCCUUUUUGUUGGAAGUGAAAGACAAUUUUUAAUAAUUCUUUCUCUACUCCAGAUGGCACUGGAGCAAAGACAAUGACAUUUUAUUUAGCAAUGACAAUGACAUUUUCCUUUCUGUGGGUGUAUUCAUGAAUAGAAGUUAACCAACAAAAUAAAAUUCAGCAUUCAUAGAAUCAUAGAGCUGGAAGGGACAUAUAACUAUCAAACACAUGAAUAAAAUGUACUUUUAUUUGGGAUAAUGUAGCAAGAAAUUUUGGUUGACAGAAGUAAAAAAAA